AUGAAGGUCAAGUACGUCGAGACGGAGCGCUGGCUACUGGAGCGCAAGGCCAACAAGCGCCUGUUCCACAUCUACCGCAACCCCUAUAGUAACCACCCGUGCGUGCGCAUGGCCAACGACUCCACCGCCAACACAAUCAUCCUCUACUGGGGCGGCAACCUGCUCGCCAUCAGCGAGCGCGGCCUGCCCUACGCAGUCGACCCGGACACACUCGAGACCAGGGGAUGCGAUCCUUUCGGGGGACAGGCCAAGGCCAAGACAUUUACUGCGCACCCAAAGGUCGACCCAUACGCGAACGAGCUGGUGACCUGGGGCUAUGAGGCGAAGGGCCUGGGGACCCCGGACUUCCAGGAGGAGGAACCCACGAUGGUGCACGACGCCUGGGUCACCGAGAACUGGAUCGUAAUGUGCUCCAUGCCGUUCAAGGUGAACUUGGACGAGGACCUCAAGAAGGGCUCGCAGCACUGGGAGUACGUGGUCGACAAGCCCUCCGGGUUCCUCGUGGCCCCGCGGCACCCGGGCUCACCCAAGCACCCGGGUGGAAGCCCGAACGGUUUGGUGAUCCACACGGGCGGCGCGUGGGAGGACGAGGACGGUAACCUAAAGCUGGAAAGCCACUUCAUAGCAUCCAACGUCGCCUUCACCUUCUGGAACCCGCCCGGGAUGAAGCACCCGGAGGAGCCGACGGGCGACUGGGUGCGCUGGACGAUCGACCUGGACAAGCCGGCCGAGGCGUGGCUGCCGGACCCGGACGUGCUGUUCCGGGGCCUGGUCGACUUCCCCAAGACAGACGAGCACUUCCUAACGCGCAGGCAGCGCGUCGUCUACCUGGCGGCGUGCGACGCGGGCAAGAUCUCGGGCCGCAGGUUCGGCUUCAGCUCGGUCGUCAAGCUCGACACCGAGACGCGCGAGACUACUAUCUUCGAGCCGCCCGAGGACGGCAGCCGCCUGGCCGAGCCCGUGUUCGUGCCCCGCUCUGAUGACGCCCCGGAGGGCGACGGCUGGGUCAUCUUCUGGUGCGACAGCCCCAGCGUGCCCAAGGGCGAGAUCGUCAUCCUCGACACCAAUGACUUCACCAAGCCCGUCGCCCUGGUCAAGCUGCCCUUCGCCAUGCGUAACCAGGUCCACGGCAACUGGAUACCGAACACGAAACCCGGGAAGCCGCUGCCGAAGUUGACAAAGGCCGUGAAGGAUGUGACUCCGAGUACCCUUGGGGCGCUGAAUCGAGUCUAG